AUGGUCGCGCUCGCGUACCCGACCCCCUCCGCGGGGAUGAUCCCAGAGAUUCUCGCCGCGAGCGUCGAGCUCGUGAAAGGCGGCGACCUCGCCGCGCGCUCGGAGGAGGACGCGCGCUUCGCGCUGCUCCUCGCGACCGCCGCACGCUCGACGUCGCCGUGGUGGGAUCCCAUCUCCGCGGAGGCGCUCGUGGACGCGACGUGGAUGCCGCUCCUGCGCGGAGACGGACACCCGAGCACGGCGCCGACGCGGUACCAGGUCAUCCAGGAGCUCGUCGACGCGCUGAGAGGGAUGCGCGCGCGGUGGGACACCGUGCACGGCGCGCUGGUGAGGAGCGUCGGCGGCUCGUCGAUCCUUCGAUUCGACGGCGGCGGAUCCGGCGGAUCCGCCGCCGGCGGCGGCUCCCUCCUCGCGCCGCGCGACGACGUCGGCGUCGCGCUCGCGGCCGCGCUCUUGGACCUCGCCGUGGACCUCGCGGCGGCGGACGACGACGACGCCGACGACGCGACCGACCGCGAAUGCGUCCUCCGCGUCGGCGAACGGCUCGUCUCGGCGACGCUCGACGCGACGCCCGCGGCGCCCGCGGGGCUCCGCCGCGUCCUCCUCGACGCGCUUCUUCCCGCGGCGACGCGAUGCGCGGGCGCGCUCGGACGCGAGGAGACGGCGCGCUUGACCGUGGCGCGCGCGGCGCGAGCGAUGAUCGCCCCGGACGCGAGCGCGGCGAGACGCGCGGCGGGGUGGGCGACGCUCGCGACGCCGCGGGGACGCGACUACGCGUUGGGUCCUCGCGGCGCCGCGAUGACGACGACCGCCGCGGGAGGGUCCGGAUCGAACGACGACGACGACGACGCGCUCGUGGACGCCAUCGCCGCGGGGCUCGCGAGCGACGACGUCGGCGAGAGGAAGGGCGCGAUGGCGGCGUUGUCGCACCGCGUCGGCGACGGCGGCGGCGACGCGCACGUCUCGUUCGUCGCGAUGUACUCCGCGCUCGAGGACUACGCCGCGCACCUCGUCGAGGCGGCGUGGGCGCACCUGAGCGCGCUGCAUCCGCGCGCGGGCGACGCGUCGUCGUCGUCGCCGCCGCCGCCGCCGCCAACGCCGCCGGUGGAGUAUCGGUACGUCCAAGCCGCGUGGACGCGAGGACUGCGGCAUCCCAACCCCGCGGUUCGCGCGUCCACGCUCGAGGCGUUCUGCGACCGCGAGUGGAGCGCGGCGCGCGCGGGAGCGCUCACGGACGCGUUCACGCACGAGGUGUUGAUACCGAGCGCGAUGGCGCUCGCGAGCGGCGGGCGGAUCGGGGCGAAAGUCGCCGAGGUGACGCGCGCGCGCGUCGCCGCUUUUUCCGCCGCGCCGGACGCGUUCGACGCCGCCGCGCGAUCUCUUCGCGCGGUCGCGGACGCGUGCGCGCGCGGGCUCGUCACCCUCGCGGGAAUCGACGCCGGCGCGCGCGUCGUCGAGGCUGUCGCGGAGGCGGCGGAGGAGGCUGCCGCGCGAGGCGUGGGCGUCGCGAGACGACGCCCCGCGGAGACGACGGACGGGUGCGUGUCGUCGCUCCGCGUCGUCGCCGCCGCGAUCGCCGCGAAGCGACAGGCGCACUGGCAGCGGCGCGGCGUCGCUCGGGUGACGCGGGCGGCGACGUUGAUCGCGUCCGUGAGGAGCGUCGGCGGCGCCGCGUCGCUGCGGGCGGUCCGCGACUUCCUCGCGGCGAUGCCGAGCGAACCGCUGACGAAGCCCGCGGCGGCGGCGGCGGCGGCGGACGGCGGCGAAAAGGACAAAGGCGACGUCGAAGACGACGCGCGCGCGCGCGUUUCGCGGUGGGUCCGCUCCAUCGCGCCGUCGCUGAUCCCGGACUUCUUCCCGACGUGGAAGGCGUUCAUCGACGGCCCACGCUCGCCGCACGUCGUCUCCAUGCCGCGGUUCGUGGAGCCGGACGUGCACGAGGACGCGGAGAAAGCCGCGAGGGAGAUCGCACUCAUGUUUUCGCUCCUCCUCGGCGGCGGGGGCGCCGACGACGACGACGACGCCGCGUCGACGCUGGACCUGACGCCGCUGACGCGCGCGGUGUACGAGGGCUUGUUCAAACACAACGAGCCGCCGCCCGGGCCGGACCCGACCCACCCGUGCGGCGCGACGACGCUCCUCGUCGACGCCGAUCACAAGACGUGGCGCGUCGAGCGCGUGCACUCGCUCCUCAAGGCGCUCUUCGCGCGCUCCGCGUCGACGCCCGACGACGCGCGGCUCGCCGACGCGCUUCGCGAGAUGCUUCUGUUCAAACACGUCGAGUCCGAGGAGACGUCCUACGGCACGAUGCGGAUCGUGGACGUCCUGCCGGGGCUCGCGGUGUCCGCGACGGACACGCUGUUGCAUCCGUCGUACCCGGUGGCGAUGCGUCGCGCGUGCGGCGGCGUCGCGCUCUUGGAGGCGGUGUGUCGCUGGCGGAGGGUCGGCGAGCGGCGAGACGUCGACGCGACGCGCGGAUCACCAGACGCGAUCAACUGGCGCCUGGUGAUCAACUGCGCGACCGUCCCCGCGCGGCGGCUGCCGUGGCGGCAGAUACAGAACGACGAAAACGCGGUGGACGUGGACGACAGCGUGGACGUCGUCGCGCGAUUCGAGUCCACGUUCGAGGCGCUCGCGUCGUCCGCGCGGGGUCUCAACGCGGUGCUCCGCGCCGGCGUCGUCGACGACGUCGCGCACGCGCAGACGACGGAGCUCGUGAACCGCGCGUUGAAGGGCGUCGCGAUCGCGCUCGCCGAUCACGUGAAGCGGUUGAUCGAGCGCCCCGCCAACGCGUUCAUCGAUCCGGACGCGAAGCGCGCGAAGGCGGACCCGGACGCGCUGCGUCGCGCGGUGGCGAGCGCCGUCGCGCGCGCGUGGACGGCGACGCACGCGUUGCUCGCGAUUCCGCUCGAGAGGAAAGUAACGUCCACGCCGGAGGCGUUACGCGCGGAGCGCGACGAGCUUCUCGACGUCACGAUCCCGAACGCGCUCGCGGUGGCGGUCGUGGACCUCGAGCGCGCCAGCGCGACGCACGCGCUCGCGUCGCUGCGCGUCGUCGGCGCGCUGUUGGGGUACGGCCGCGCGACGGAGGCGUCCGCGGCGGCGACGAUGCGCGCGAUUCGCGCGGCGCGGGGCGAAGCCGCGCCGCCGACGGGCCCGCGGCUCGGGGACGAGUUCCACUUGUUCGUGGACACGUCGGAUAGGAACACGAGCGAGACCGCGGCGCUCGGCGCGUGCGUCGUGCGCGCGGCGCACGCGGCGGUGAAGUCGUCGAAGCUUCGGAAGAACGCGCCGGCGUGGGCCGCCGCCGUCGCCGCGAUUCUUCACCCGCGGCUCUUCGAACGCGACGAUUUGCACCUCGCGCACGAGUCGCCCCCGGACGCGAGCGCGGAGAACGUCGGCGCGAUCCUGUGGUUCGUGCGUCGAGCGACCGCGAUCGCGAACGAGCGCGGCGGGAGUCGCGUGUCGCGCGUCGUCGCGCACGCGCUGUGCGCGCGUCUGUUGGGUUCGCCGCGGUUCGCGUGCGCGUACGCGAAGGAGCUCUUCGCGCUCGCGCUCGCGGGCGAUCACGGUCUCACCCUGGUGGAACGCGCCGCGGUGGCGUCGCGACGGAGACCUGGGUCUGGAAGCGGAAGCGACGCCCCCGCCACCGCGGAGGACGACGCCGCGGCACUGACGAGGUGGCUCGACGACCCGGCGUCGCACGUCGCGUCGAGAGUCGCGGUGCUGUCGCUCGCGCACGCGUUGGCGCGGCAGCGCCCGCCGAAAGGGUGGCGACCGAGCGCGUAUUUCGAAAACCCGAAGGAAUACGAUCACGUAAAGGAGGGGAUCGAUAAGGACGUCCCGAUCAAGAUAUCGGAGUCGCCGCAGGAGCGGUACGCGUGGCACGCGAGAAGAGCCGCGGAGGCGAUCCUGAGAGUCGGCCUCGCCGCCGUGAGCGGCGGCGACGCGGAUCUGUGCAAGGAGACGUACCGCCGCGGAUCGCUCACGCAUCGAAGGAAAAUUCGCGCGUGGCAGGUUCUCUGCGCGGCGUCGCCCGCGCUCGGCGAACCGUUCACCGGGACGGGCGGCGAACUCGGCGCGCUCCUCCUCGCGGCCGCGCCGAAAGCGGUCGCGCAUCACAACAUGCCCGGGGUGCGAUACUACGCCGAGGUGUUCUUCACGCGCGCCGCCGUCGCGCAUCCGGGCGUCAUCGACGUCGUCGCGCUCCCCGCGUUGCGCGAUCCGCACGUCAAAGCCGCGGCGGCGGCGUCGUGGAUCGUCGUCACCGCGUCGUUCGUCUUGCGGUCGCCGCGGGAGAUGAUCGAGAGGGACGCGUGGCAUCGCCGGGCGCUCGUCGCGAUCACGCCGUGGGCGCUCGCGCAGAAUCACAUGCUGCGCGUCUUCGCGCAAGUCGCCGCGCACGACGUCGUGGAAGCCUUCGGCGCCGCGGCGUUCGGCGGCGUCGACGUCGAGAAAGCCGACGCCGCGAGAGCGGAGGGGAAGAUAAACGAGCCCGCCGGGAAGAAGGAGGAGGAGGAGGACGACGACCCGGACUGGCACCUGCCCGAGACGGACGCGCACCCGGACGGGUUCAUCCCGAAGAAGGAUCUCCUCCGCGCGUUGAAACAGCUGGGGAUCAAAGACGAGUGGCUCGCGCAGCCGUGGAGCCGGCAGUACUACAAAGACGAGUACACGAGCGAGGUGGACGAGAGAGAGGUCGACCUCCUCGGUGCGAUACACUCGGUGUUGAAGUCGAGGGACGAGAUGGUGAAAGUUCGCGCCGCGUGCGGGCCGUUGUUCACGAAGGACGUCGCCGUGGACCCCGCGUCGUUGCUGUCGGGGGCGUUGGAUUUUGAAAAUUUCGAACCCGAGGCGGGCGAACGCGAAAACGGCGGCGGCGGCGGCGGCCGCGACGGCGGCGGCGACGGCGACGGCGACGGCGACGAGCCCGCGCCCGAUCAGAUCGGGUUCGAAGGCGCGCCCGCGAGCGUCCUCGACAAGGUGGACGCGUUCUUGAAAGCGUGCCGCGUCGAGCUCAGGCGCGAGCGCGACGCCGUGGACGCGGCGCUCUGGGAGGACGCGAUGCGAAACGGACACGACUGCUCGACGCCCGUCACGGGCACGGGGGUGUUACACCCCGACGGCACCGUCUCCGGCGUCGACGCGGACGCGGCGGCGGCGGCGGCGGCGGCGGCGGCGGCGACGACGACGGCGACGGCGACGUCUACGACGUCGCUCCAGAAGAAGAUGGAGCCGCUGGGAAGAGAUGUGGACGACGACGCGCCCACCGCGUUGGACGCGUUUGCCGCGGAGAUGGACGCGUCGGACGUCGCCGCCGCGAACGCCGCCGCGGCGUCCGCGCCGCGGACGCGCCCGCCCGGACUCGUCGUCGUCGCGUCGCUCUUGGACCGCAUCCCAAACCUCGCCGGGCUCGCGCGGACGUGCGAAGUCAUGGGCGCGGAGGCGCUCGUGAUGCGCGACAAGAAGGCGACGACGCGCCCGGAGUUUACGCAAAUCUCCGUGACGGCGGAAAAACACUUGCCCGUCCGCGAGGUCCCCGCGCGCAGGCUCGCGUCGUACUUAUGCGCGCUCGCGAGGGAAGGGUACGCGCUGAUCGGACUCGAGCAAACGCGAGGCGCGGUCGCGCUCGAGACGUUUCAGUUCCCGAAGAAGACCGCGUUGGUGCUCGGCCGCGAGAGAGAAGGCGUCGACGCGGAUCUGCUGUCGCUCCUGGACGAGUGCGUGGUCAUCAAACAAGUCGGGCUGAUCCGGAGCCUGAACGUGCACGUCAGCGCGUCGAUCGCGAUUCACGCGUACGCGGCGCAGCACGCGUGA